ACCGGAUAUGAAAGAGGGUCGCGCGAUAUGAGGAUUAACGAGACUUCCGGAUGUUCUUUUCUCCGGAAGAUCAGACAAGAUGGCGGAUACCGAAAUCAAGAAGAAGCGGACCUUCAGGAAGUUCACUUUCCGCGGCGUGGAUCUGGACCAGCUCCUGGACAUGUCCUAUGAGCAGCUGAUGCAGCUGUACUGUGCCCGCCAGCGGCGGCGGCUGAACAGAGGGCUUCGCCGCAAGCAGCAGUCCCUCCUGAAGAGACUCCGCAAGGCCAAGAAGGAGGCUCCGCCCAUGGAGAAGCCUGAGGUGGUGAAGACUCACCUGAGAGACAUGGUCAUCCUGCCAGAGAUGGUGGGCUCCAUGGUGGGAGUCUACAACGGCAAGACCUUCAACCAGGUGGAGAUCAAGCCUGAGAUGUGUGGGCACUACCUGGGGGAGUUCUCCAUCACAUACAAGCCGGUGAAGCACGGGCGCCCUGGUAUUGGAGCCACACACUCUUCCCGCUUCAUCCCUCUGAAGUAGAGCAGUCUGUGGAAUAAUAAAAUGUUGCUUUCCCCA